CGGAAAAAAGGAGUGCACUAUUCUUUCUUAUAUAAAAUCUAUGGAUUUCUUAAAUUGAAAUGUUUAAAAAUUUUACGAUGACUAACAGAUGGCGUUGCUAAGGAAAAAGAGUAAAGAAACCCUGAAAGUCUUUUGAGCCCAAUGUCGUCCAAUUAUCUUCCUGCAUUUCCGUAAUUUGUUGGCUCACUCACGUGCGCAGCCUUCGUCAACGAUGGCUACACCUGUCGAAAACCAUAAAGUAGAGCUCGAAAACAGCGACUCCGACACUUCCUUUCUGUCGGACGUCGAAGAAGUAGACCACAUGAAAAUCCUAUCGUCAAGUGGAGCUGAUGGACUCCAAUUCGUUGAUUCAUAUUUUCAGCGAGAGGCAUCAUCUCUCUUGACUGACAACUCUGAUCUGUACAGCAAUACCUGUGACGAUAGCAGUCUCAACAUCUCUCUCUUGCCUUGGGAACGAUUGGCAGAUUGGAUUCACUGUUUCUGUGUUGUGACAUUUGAUCUUGAAAUCGGUCAAAUGAUAGAGGAAAUCUAUCCCAGUCAUGUGACUCUGUCUGAGCAAGAUAAAACAAGCAUAUGUUACCUGGCCUUUCCAGAUUCUAAUUCUGGUUGUAUGGGAGAUACACAGUUUCACUUUCGAAUAAAACAGAGCUCUGCCAACACAGAUGGGAAUAAUGGAAGUUCCCAAAUGGAUCUUUCCAACCCAAUUCCCAAAGCUCAUUCAAGGUAUGCCCAACAAAUAAUGGAACAAAUUGAUGAGUCUCAUAACCCAUAUAAUUUUAUUUACAAUAACAUUGGCAGAUACAACCAACUUUGCCCACCUGCUUUCAGAACUGAUUCAUCAUAUUGGUGGGGAUUCGCGUACUUUCGCCAAGUGAAAGACAAAAACUUACGAAGAGGUUAUUUUCAAAAGUCAUUGGUGAUUGUGACCCGCCUGCCGUUCGUUGAACUGUAUCAAGAAUUGAUGGCUGUGAUAGCACCAGAAUUUUUCGAUAAAGGUAGCGUGUGCUUGGAAAUUAGUGCCAAAGAAAUUGAUCAAUGGCCUCGUCCCGUGCCUGGCCUAGUAUUGAACUUGCCUCUUUUGGGAACUCUCUUUCAAGUAAAGAUUCCCAGUUUCUCGGCAGCUGCUAGUCCGUCAUUUUCCACCAGUCUUACGGCUUCUCCUUCAAAGACGUCUAGUAGUUCACUGUUGCGGAGGCGUUGCCUCAUAGCAACCGACGUCGACCUCUACUCGGCCUUGGCUCCGUUACUACCGCACCUCCAAAUGCUCUGGGAACUGCUCCUGUGCGGAGAGCCGCUGGUGGUCAUGGCGACUAGUCCGUCGAUAUGCUCCCACGUCGUUCAAGCCCUCGUCAAUCUCAUCCAUCCGCUUCAGUACUGCCUGGAUUAUCGACCCUUCUUUACCAUACAUGACUCAGAGUUCAAAGAGUACACUGGGCGUCCGUCCGAUCCUCCGCCAUCUGUUUUGUUAGGCGUCACCAAUCCCUUUUUUGCCAAAGCAUUACAGCAUUGGCCACAUAUUAUCCGCAUUGGCGGAGAAAUUCUGAGUAAUAGUGCAGGACUGAAGAUUCGCGCUAGUAAAUCGAAUGUAUCGAGUUCCAGUAAAAUGUCAGAGUGCAAGCCAGGCGUGUACACUUCAUACAAAUCGCAUUUGACACGAGACAAGGCGCUGUUAAAACUAAUCGCCAAAGGGGCACAAACACGGCGCCCUAAUCAGGUCCAAUCGGCCUUGAUGCGACGACAUUUCCUUGAGCUAACGCAGAGCUUUAUCAUUCCGUUGGAGAGGUACUUUGCCCGGCUGAUGCCUUUGCAAAAAUCCAUCUCACCUUAUAAGGCGGUUCCUGGUCUAAGUCCUUUCAAAGCUGAGGAAUUCCUAGCCAGCGUCGAACAUUGUGGCCCCCAGCUGACCACAGGGGUUAAAGGCGACUGGACAGGGUUAUACCGCCGCUUUCUGCGGACACCAAACUUCGAAUCGUGGUCACAACAGCGCCAUCAGGAAGCCAAUAACAAACUGCGUGCCCUUCAAAUGGAUGCCCUCAGCAAAUCGGACAUAACAUCAUGGCUUCAAGGGAAACGUGAAGUUGAAGUAGUAGACAUGGUGCUACGUCUCCGAGAGAAGCUUAAUGUGACUAUGGCCGAGGAGUCACUUCCAGUAAGCCCCCAAACACGAUUACACCUACAAGGGCAAUUGGACACAGUUUUGCAAAGUCUCCCAGAGGACCUUCGCUCCGUUCUUAAGGCCAGUUGAGCUUAGCUCAUUUUUUAUCAUUAUGCUAUGUCCUCUCCCGUUUUUCUUCCUGUUCUUCUCGUAUGGUCCACAUCUUUUGCAUGUGAUGACAAAACAAGCCUCCAAAAGCUUUGUUCCGUGUCAAAAGGUUCGUCAGUGGACGAAUUUUUCGUGAUUCUUCCCAUUUUAAAAUGUGAAUCUUCAAAUGACGGUCCGACGAUUACGUGUCUCAGGUUCCAUCGAAUAUGUUCCUGGUUUUACUCGAGUAACAUGACUCCUCUCUAACUUCUUCCCCCCAAAAAGAAACACAAUUUUCUCUCAACUCGGAAAGUUACAGAUGAGAAUCGCUAUAGGGCGCAAAUAACUAAAGAGAUAAGUGAACGUACGUGUGACCCCGCCUUACAUGUUUUAACAUUUCGUCGUACAACAUAUAUACUCGGCUAGAUUGCACCACUUUCUCCAUUUGGCACCUCACGAAAGCGAUCGGUUGCUAAUAUAACUUUACUGGUGCACUUUAAUACGGUAUAGUACAAACUUAUGGUUGCAUAUUUUGCUCAACUGACGGUAAGACUUGUCAGUUUAUGUGUCUCCCCCUUCCGGCGUCAUCAUCGUUAUCGAUUUAAUACCGUGUAGGCUACAAUUUUUUUUCUCUCUCUUACGUAUUAACGCCAAUACACAUACAUGAUCGACCAUUA